GCAGCCUCGGCGGCGGGCGUUCUGUCGCUCUAGCAACCGGCCCUGAACCGGACGGCUCGAGAACCCGCGCGUGGUUCCCUCACGCCCCGCACCAAGGCUGGCGCUGGUCGGCCGGCGGGGGGCGGCACUUUAGAAAAGCCACUUACAAGAAUAUAUGGAAUUCUUAGGGAUAUCAAACCAGUUUUUGUGAAAAUUUGGCUAAUUACAGAAUUAUGGUUCGACUAACGGUGGAUCUAAUUGCUAAAAGCAUCAAUCACAAAAACCGCAAAGAAGAGUCCCUGGCACAGUAUCUGAGAAAGAUAACUCACCUGAACUUAUCAGAUAAAAAUAUUGAUACAAUUGAUGACCUCUCUUUGUGCAGAAAUCUUAAUGUCCUGUAUUUGUAUGAUAACCAAAUUAGACAAAUCCAUAACUUGGGCUUUGCUUCAAAUCUAACACACCUGUACCUGCAAAACAAUCGCAUUUCAUGUAUAGAGAACCUCACAUCACUGAAAAAACUUGAGAAACUGUAUCUGGGAGGCAAUUUCAUCACUGUAGUAGAGGGCUUGGAAACAUUUGAAGAACUGAGAGAGCUACAUGUUGAAAGCCAGCAGCUUCCUCUUGGAGAAAAGCUCUUGUUUGAUCCAAGAACUCUUCAUUCCCUGGCAGAAAGGGCCAGAAACAUGAGACCAGUCAUCUCUCCAUGGAUUACCAGCUAUUGUUUUGACGACCAGCAACGGUCCAUGGACCAGUGUUUGGGAAGUUUGGGGUUAUUAAUUGUGUGCACAGGAAGCAUACAGAAAUCUUUGUCAGUGUUGAAUAUCAGCAAUAACAAUAUAGAUGAACUGGGAGAAUUAGCACUUCUGGAAAAUAUUUCCCAUCUUAUAGCAGUUGACAACCAGCUUCACCAUGUGAAGGAUUUGGAGUUUGUAUUGAACAAAUGGACCAAGCUGUGCAGAAUGGAUCUUAAAGGGAAUCCUGUUUGCCGCAAACCAAAAUACAGGGACAGGCUUAUUAUACAGUCAAAAACUCUAGAAUCCCUUGAUGGGAAAGAAAUAAAAGAUAUAGAAAGACAAUUCCUAAUUAAUUGGAAAGCAUCCAAAGCCUCCAGGAAAAAAAGCAAGGAAGAGAGCAUGACAAAUGAGCAUGCAGCUUAUCCACAUUUCUGUGAUUCCAAGCUAUAUCUGUGAGAGGUGGGUAGGAGUUCACAAACUCUCAGGAUGGAGCACAGCCCUGCCGAACUCGGCGUCUUUCCUGGUCUGGCAGACGAUCGCAUAAUGUGAAGUGAACGUUUGAACUGAAGACCAUGUGGCAGCCCUGCAAAUGUCCUGAAAGGGAACAUGGGCUAAAACGGCAGCCAACGAGGCUUGCGCCCUAGUCGAGUGUGCCCUCACAAUUGAUGGCGGAGGGACUCCCGCCAGGUCGUAACACGUACAGAUGCACAAGGUGAUCCAGUUGGAGAGCCUCUGAGUGGAAAUUAGCUGACCCCUCAUGCGCUUGGCCAAGGCGAUGAACAGCUGUGGAGACUUCCUGAACUGCUUAGUCUGCUCCAGGUAAAAGGCCAGAGCCCAUCUCAUAUUUAGCGUGUGGAGGCGGCGCUCCUCACUGGACGCAUGGGGCUUAGGACAGAGGACCGGCAAGAAGAUGUCCUGAUCCAUGUGGUAGGCAGAUACCAUCUUGUCUGGAAUGAAGUAUGCGGUCAGAGAUGGACCUUAUCCUUAUGAAACACCGUGUACGGGGGCUUGGAGGUCAAGGCCCUGAGUUCCGAGACCCAUCUAGCUGAUAUGAUCGCCACCAGGAAGGCUACCUUCCACGAGAGGUGUGAGCCAGAGCAUGUAGCUAGUGGCUCAAAGGGGGGACCCGUGAACCGGACCAGCACCAAGUUCAGGUCCCACUCUGGGACUGAGGACCUAACGUACGGGAAUAGAUGAUCCAAUCCCUUAAGGAAUCGGCCAGUCAUAGCAUGGGAGAAUACCGUGUGCCCCUGCACUGGUGGGUGGAAGGCCGAUAUGGCCACCAAGUGCACCUUGACGGACGAGGGUGCCAGGCCUAGGGCUCUAAGGUGGAGGAGGUAGUCUAAAAUGAGCUGGAUCAGGGCAGCCAUGGGGGAAAUGCCCUGCUCAGCCAAACACCAGGAAAACCGAGACCACUUUGCCAAGUAGGCUCAACUUGUGGAGGGCCGCCUGCUUUGCAAGAGGACACACUGAACCCUUCUGAGCACAUCCUUUCCCCCUGGCCUAACCAUUGAGCAGCCACACCAUGAGGUGGAAUGCCACUAGGCUGGGGUGGAGGAGGCAGCCCUGGUCCUGGGAGAGCAGGUCUUGGUGGGACGGCAAUGGCCACGGCGGAACAGCUGCCAGGCUCGUGAUGGUCCCGUACCAAUGUUGCCUGGGCCACGCUGGGGCAAUCAGGCGGACCUGGGCCCUGUCCGUCUUUAUCU